CCAAGAGGAAUUGAGUAGAGGAGGUGCAGAAGUAAGGAAUUUAGGAUCCUGGGGUUGGGUCCAGGGCCGGGGCGACCCGGGGGUCAGCCAAGAGUAUUAUUGGUCCUAGACCCACAAAUACAUCAGGAUUCUCCCUCCUCUUUUAGCCUCCUUAACCCCAAUGAGGUCAUAGCGAUGAGAGAGAAUCGGAUCAAGGGGGGUGGGGGGAGGACGAAAACGACAGAGGGGGGAGAAAAACCAGACGGAAAGAGGCCAUCAGACAAGGUCGCUUUUUCUGGCGACACAGCAAGUGCUAGGAACGUGGUGCUGAAUACAAUCCACCCGCUCUGCCUGGAGACCUAGGGAUUCACAGAAGCACUUUGCGCAGGCAGGAAAACAAAGGAGGGAAGGCGAGAGGACGGGCGGAGAGGGGUUGCGAGCUGCUCCCCUUUAUCGCUAGGAAACCAAGCUCGGUUCCUCCGCCAGGAAGGAGAAGGGAGCCAGAGAGGUGCGGAAGGCUCCUGGAAGCGCAGAGCAGAGACGCGGCAGAACUCUGGACUGCGCCUCCGACACCGACAAGGCUCAGAUCCAGGGUUUGCUCUCCAGAGCCUGGCUCCUCCGUAAAAGCUUCUGGACUCCCACCCAUCGCCCGCGGUCCCCGGGUGAACGCGCCACGGGCUGGAUCAGCUCUGUCCUCUCUGGCCCCGCCACGGAAAUGGUUCUCUGGUUCUGGAAAUCCAGACCCUUUGGAUAAUGUUUUGCUGGUGAAGAAAGAAAAGUUUGAGGAGCUGGACUGUGGUAGGGGGCGGAAAGGGCUGAAGAGGACUUUGAAAGAAAGAAGGUAGAUGAUCAGCUUCCAUCUCUGAGCUGGAAGGAAUGAUGACCCAAGGAGAAUGUGCACCAGCGGCCAGAUCAUUGGGAGCCUUUUGGUGCUCUCUGUGCUGGAGAUAGGGCUGGGGGUGUCCAGCGUGGCCGUGGGGGCGGUCAGCUUCAGCCUGGCUCUCCGAGAGCACACGCCGCAGCUCGGAGACUCGUCCCCGGUAUGGAGCGGGGUGUGUUUUCUUCUUUGCGGCAUAUGUGGAAUACUGUGCGCCAAGAAAAAGUCAGGACUUGUCAUGAUCCUCUUUUCAGCCUGCUGCAUCUGUGGACUCAUCGGAGGCAUCCUGAAUUUUCAGUUUCUUCGGGCAGUCACAAAAAAGACCUCAUCCCUGUACCCACUGCAUCUCGCCUCCAUGUCUUUGGCAUGUAUCGGCAUUGGCGGCUGCACUGUCUCUUCUUGGCUCACUUGUCGUCUAGCCAGCUAUGAGCAAAGGAGGAUGUUCUCAGAAAGGGAACAUUCCCUGCAUCACUCUCAUGAAAUGGCUGAGAAAGAAGUGACAGACAACAUGAGCAAUGGAGCACCACAACUGAUAUUUAAUGGAAGAGUACAAUCAAUGUUUUAAAGAACUGACCAUUUUUCAGGUUGACCGUGAGGCAGGAGAGGCUGAAGACCUGGGAGCAGCAGUUGAAAUGGUUCCUGGAUUUGCUGUUAUUUCUCCUGGGCGUCCACUCAAUUUGGUCUCACUCACCCUUUAUCCCUUUCUAGAGGGUAUAAACUUUCCAGAAAUGUAGCUUAGUCAUCUCAGCAGAAUGACCAAUUAUUCUGAAGAAGAUUAUUCCAAAAAAAAGUGGCAAAGUGAUUAAUACUGUACACAAACAUCAUUUGACUAGCAUGAGCUUUAGAAUUGUAAUUGCAUAUUUUAUGAAUAAUUCAAAAGUAAACACAUCAAGAACUAACAAUAACUUAUUGAUGUCUUUGUUUUGAAAGACAAAUGACUUCAAGUAUGCUAAAAUCAAGACCUCAGCAAUGCCUUGUUGCAACAACAUUGUAAUUAAUUUCAAUUUGUGAAUGAACUGUAUUUCAUAAUUUAUUUGUAAAUUAUAAAAAAACUAAAGCUUAAAAGAUGAUUUUUUAGUGAGAGAAAGAAUAUUAAUCUGUAUGAUAUUUUUGCACUUUUGAACAAGUUAAUAUUAUGUAAGAAAAAUAAAUGUUUUCAUUAUGCUGUGCAAAUUGGUCUUCAUGUUCAUGAAUAAUUCUGAGAAUAAAGCAUUGUGUAUACGUAGGUGUAUAUAUACUGUAAAUACAGAAAAUACAUACAGCAUAUAUUUAUAGCUACAUGAAUGUAACUAGGUAAUAGGGAAGAAAUUGUGGCAGUAUGAGAUUAUUCCACUGGCUCUGAGAAGGCCAGCACUCAAAGCUCUCUAAACCCGCAAGGUCACAUAUUUAAUUCCUACUCUAUCUGACCAUUUUCUACUUUUUCUUAAACCAAUUGUGUGGUAGAUAAGCAUUGUAGCUGAUACAUAUGGAGCUGAGUGACUUGAAUGUUGAAGCAUGAAUGUAAACUACUUAGUUGUUGGUAUUUUGCUGUGACUAUGAUGUUUAUGUAAAAGUAAUUGUUAAAAUUGAUUUAUAAGCAUAACUUCAAUCAUUUUUUUCUCUAAGAUUAUUCCUAAUAUGCUUAUUUCAUAGAACUUUCAGCCAAAUUAAGCUCUGUAAUUGAGAAAUGGUAACCCAAGGGAAGUUAACACUCCCUUUGUUAUACUUUAGGUGUUUUAUCUCCUUUGGUGAUUAACAUGAAGGUCAUGUAUUGGAAAAUAUAUAUUCGAAAUGUCUGAAGGAGUUCUCAGUAUAAUAAAUAUGAAAGAUAAACUGACAUUCAUGUGGCUAGAGCCAAUUCUUCUCUUCCACAAUGGAAUAUUAAAAUACCAACCAACAAUAUGUAUAAAAGAUCAAACAUCAUGGACUCUGGAGAUAUUUAUGAAAAUUAAUCUCUGACAACGUACAAAUUAAUAUUAUUUUAUUUUUCAUUGGAUUUUUUUAUUUACAUUUCAAAUGCUAUUCCCUUUCUCAGUUUUCCAGACAUAAGCCCCCCUCCCAUACACCUCCCCUUCUGUAAGGGUGUUCCCCUCCCCAAUCACCCCCUACUAUUUUUAAAUAAGUAACAUUGCACUGUAUAUUUUUAUUAAUUCCCAAAUCUAAGCAAAUUUCAGUUCAAUUUUCUGAGUUACUAAUCACAGUUAAAUUGAUACAUUUCAUGCUUGGUUUGAGAACACCGUAUAAUCACAAGCAAAACAUGAGUUUUCAUUGUGCUAACAAAACAGCAAUAAUUGGGUCUAAGGUUCCAUGAGCCUUUGACAACGUCAUCAUUAAACCUUGUGAUGAACUCCUUAGAAAAUUCUGGCUGAACAGAAAUAAAUGGCCUCUGCUUCAUUUUGGUUAUAGUUUUGAACUCUUCCUCACUCGUUUGGAUCCUUCAUUGUCUGGUAUAUUACAAAUCGUCUCCAUAGAUUUGAUCUCAAGUAAUGAAUCAUGAUCAUCACUACUCAUUUCCUGCUACACGUAAGCAUGAUACUUGCCUCUAAAUACGCAAACUGUAAACUCGUAGAAAUCUCACACAUACAUGGUUAUACUAAAUUUACGCUGGGGGUGGCUUAAUCUUUAAGGAAGAAACCAGUAACUUUAAUUUUGUUAGCAUUUCUCUGUAGGCAUGUAAAAUACAGAGUACAUCAACACAUUUAAUGACUUUUAAAUUUAUUUAUAAAAACACAUAUUAAAAAUCAAAGUAGGCUAUCAUUUCUUUGAAAACAGUUAAAAGAGAUUCAAUCACUGCGGUUAUCUAAAUAGUUCACAGUGUGUGUGUGUAAUCAAUUUUAGACACAUCUUUAAAUGUGAUUAUUUCAAACUUGUGCUUUCUUAGCUCAAAUUGGAGUGUUUACUUAGGGUAUAAGGGUAUUCUGAGAUAAGUGGGGGGAGUUAGAAGACAUUAUUCAAGUAAUUAAAAUUUUAAUUUUGACAACAAACUGACAAAGAAUAAAAAAAAACAUGAGUGCCUCCAUCAUAGUUUCUGUAUACAUCUACCAUUGAAGAAAUCUGAUCUGAUAUUAAAUUAGGAAAAUAUAUGUGAAGCUUGGUGUGGAGUAUGCUUUAAGUGCAAAAAGGAAAAGCUGUCACUUCUAGGAAAUUUUAAAAUAUAUUUGUAUGUGUAUAUAUGUGUUAUAUACACACAUCUGUUUUGAAGUGGAGCAUUGUAUGAUGACUCUUGAUGUUUAUGUAAUAAAACCAUAUGCUUUGAA